AUGUUCAAUAUGUCUAGGGACCCAUUGGUCGUCGGGCAUGUUGUCGGGGAUAUUGUGGAUCCCUUCAUCACAACUGCGUCACUGAGGGUAUUCUACAACAAUAAGGAGAUGACAAAUGGUUCUGAGCUUAAGCCAUCUCAAGUGAUGAAUGAGCCAAGGGUCCACAUCAGUGGGCGUGACAUGAGGACUCUCUACACACUUGUCAUGGUGGACCCAGAUGCACCAAGCCCCAGUAACCCUACUAAAAGAGAGAACCUUCACUGGUUGGUGACAGAUAUUCCAGAGACAACUGAUGCCAGUUUCGGGAAUGAGAUAGUUCCUUAUGAGAGCCCACGUCCAACUGCCGGAAUCCAUCGCUUUGCAUUCGUCCUAUUCAGGCAGUCAGUCAGGCAGACUACCUAUGCGCCGGGGUGGAGAUCUAACUUUAACACCAGGGACUUCGCAGCCAUCUACAACCUUGGCUCCCCUGUCGCUGCAGUGUACUUCAACUGCCAGAGAGAGAACGGCUGUGGUGGAAGAAGGUACAUAAGGUGA